UGACGUCGGUAGGGGCGGACCUUUCAAAAACCCACGUUUCAGGGAAAUAAAGCGCGCCGACCAAUCAGGUUUAGAAAACGGUAUUUUGGGGGCGGGCGUUGAAGCAGGACCGAAAUUUACCCGGGAAGUAACGAGAAUGUCUAAAAAAAGAGGACUUAGUGUAGAAGAGAAGAGAACCCGAAUGAUGGAAAUAUUUUUUGAAACCAAAGAUGUGUUCCAGUUAAAAGACUUGGAGAAAAUUGCCCCAAAAGAAAAAGGCAUCACAUCAAUGUCUGUGAAGGAGAUUUUGCAGAGCUUAGUGGAUGAUGGAAUGGUAGACUCAGAGCGUAUAGGAACCUCAAAUUACUUUUGGGCUUUCCCCAGCAAGGCUCUUCAUGCCCGCAAAAGAAAACUGGAGACUUUGGAAGCCCAGUUUACCGAGGUGAAGCAGAAAAAAGAGAGUUUGCAGCAGUGUGUUGACAAGGCCAAAGUCGGUCGUCAGGAUACGGAGGAGAGAUCUAAAUUAGUAGAAGAGUUGGCAUCUCUAAGACACAGGAAAGAAGAGCUGUGUGCAGAUCUUGAGAAAUACAAGGAAUGUGACCCAGAUGUUGUUGAAGAAAUCCGCCAGUCAAAUAAAGUUGCAAAAGAUGCAGUAAACCGCUGGACAGACAAUAUAUUUGCAGUAAAAUCAUGGGCCAAGAAAAAAUUUGGGUUUGAAGAACGUCAGAUUGACAAGAACUUUGGCAUCCCUGAAGAUUUUGACUACAUUGAUUAAAAAGUUUACCGUUUGUUUUAUGCCGAGAAAUGUUUUUCUUUAAGCAAGUGGAACUUGCUAGAUGUUUAUUUAUGA